CAACAUGAAAUCUGCUGGUAUCAUCGCCGGUCUUGCUGGCCUUGCUGCAGCAAUCCCUUCUAUUGCUCAAAGAAAUACUCCUCCGAGCUACUCGUCCAAGCCAGUUGCUCACCUCAAGAACGGAACCGUCGAGGGCUACCACCAAGAACAUUACAACCACGACUACUUUCUUGGUGUUCCAUUCGCCCAGCCUCCAGUCGACCAGCUCCGCUUCAGAAAUCCUCAGUCGAUCAACUCGUCCUUCGGGCACAUCGAGGCGAAAGAAUAUGCACCUGAAUGCCUCGGAUAUGGCGGCGAUCAACUCGGCUACCCAGUCUCGGAAGACUGUCUUUACCUCAACAUCAUCCGUCCUGCCGGAUACGAGGGCCAGUCCCUACCCAUCGGCGUCUGGUUCCACGGCGGAGGACUGACCAUGGGCGGUACACGCGACUUGAGGUACAAUGGCUCGUUGAUCGUGGAGAACUCUGUCAAGAUUGGGAAGCCCAUCAUUUUCGUCAGCAUUGCCUACCGACUCGCAGUCUGGGGCUUCGUUGCAGGACCUGAGAUCAGUGGAAGUGGUAACACCAACCUGGGUUUGAAGGAUCAAAGACUGGGCCUUCAUUGGUUGCAGGAGAACAUUGAGGCUUUUGGAGGUGAUAAGAGCAAGGUGACGAUUUGGGGCGAAUCGGCUGGCGCUGCUUCUGUCGGCUGGCACAUCACUGCUUUCAAUGGUCGCGACGAUGGACUGUUCCGUGCGGGCAUCAUGCAAUCCGGCAACCCUGUGAACUACGGCGCUUACAAAUACGACUACUCGGAGAGAUUCCAGCAAGUCCUCAACGUCACCGGGUGCACGACUGCUGGAGACAAGCUGGACUGCUUGCGCUCGAUUCCCAUCGACACACUCAACCCGAUCUUGAACUCCACAGGAAAUGCCGAAGGCUGGGGCCCGAUCGUGGAUGGCGACCUCAUCCAACGAUGGGCGAGUAUUCAGCUCGAGGAGGGCGCUUUCGUGAAGGUUCCAAUCAUCGACGGCUCCAACACAGACGAAGGAACAGCCUUCUCCCCGCGCGGCAUAAACUCCAGCGAAGACCUCGCCGCUGCAAUCACCAACACCAACCUGGGCACCCCAUUGCCAGCCUACCUCGCCGACGAAGCCCUGGCCGCCUACCCCAACACUCCCGACUACUUCAUCCCUCCCGUCGAAGAACUUCCCGCCGACUACGUCUAUCCGCCAUCUGCUGGAGCGCAGUACCGUCGCGCCGCCGCGUACUUUGGAGACUUGUCGAUGAAUGCGAACCGACGAGGCGCGUGUGAGGCAUGGGCGAAACAUGGGGUGGAUGCGUAUAGUUAUCGGUUCAAUACGAUUCCGAAUGGGAUUCCGCCGAGUGUGGGGGUGACGCAUUUUCAGGAGGUGGCGUUUGUUUUUGAUAAUACUGAAGGAUAUGGCUACGACGCCCUCCACGGAACCGUCAAUCCCUUCGGCAACAAAUCCGAGGCAUUCACCGACCUUGCCGAACUCAUGUCCUCUUCCUGGGUGUCUUUCAUCUACGAUCUCGACCCGAAUAGUUUUCAGGGUCGCUAUCCGGCGGCAGAGCCGUGGCCGAAGUACUCCCUCGACAACCCUAUGAACAUCGUCUGGGACGCCAAUGAGACGGAGUUGGCGGUCGUGGAGCCGGAUACGUAUAGGCAGGAGGGGAUCAGGUUUAUUCUGGAUCAUGCGAAGGAGUAUAUGAGGUAG